AUGCCGCCGUGUCACUCUGCACACGAUGUGGAGGUGUCUCUUCAAGACCAGUGGGCCGCUCUCCCUCAGGACAUCAGGUGCAUAAUCAACUCGAUGUUGGACUCUGUUUCGACAUGUACUGCACGCAACAGUACGAGGGCACGGCGUCGCGCAGAGCAUUCGCUGCGUACGACUACAUCAAGUCGCUGGUGCAGCCGGACGGACGUGUUCACGCGCUACGGCGUGGACUGCUACCUGACCGCGCUGGGCCUCUCCGUGGACCCCGAGUACAGGGGGCAGGGCGUGGGCGAGCAGCUGCUGAGGGCCCGCUGGGACCUGUGCAGGGCCCUCGGCAUACCGCUCACCGUCACCUGGUUCUCCGCCACGGCGUCGCAGGUACUGGCUGAACGAAUUGGUUUCGAAGUGCUGGCUGAAGUACCGUACGCUGAAUACGACGAUCCGGACAUUAAAAGGAGCAGUACGCCCAUCACGAAGCUAAUGGCAGCACGAAUAACGUAG